CAGAAGAAGGGAAGUUACAGUGAUGUGAUGCUAGAGACUGUUAAAGCCACACCACAGUGUUUCCUGAUACAACAUGAUAAAGAAUAAGGAUCAUUCAUCUAAAAAAGGUAACUUAGCAGUCACUGCAGUUGCCUUACAGGACCACAUAUUACAUGAUCUCCAACUUGGACAUCUCUCUGUAGCAGAUCCUUGUAAGAUAAAAGCAAAAAAGAAAGAGAACAAGUCAAAAUCUCUCAAAAGAGAUGCAACAGCCGUAAUAGAUACUGGGCUUAGAAAAACUACAGAGGGACCUAAAGUGGAAGAUCCAGAAGAGGAAUAUGUUCUCGACCCCACACCACCACCGUUAACUUUAGCCCAGAAACUAGGUCUCUUGGCACCUCCCCCCUUGCCACUGUCCUCAGAUGAAUGGGAGAGAGUGAAGCAGAGGUCACUUCUGCAAGGGGACUCCAUGCAGCCAUGCCCAAUAUGUAAGGAAGAAUUUGAGCUCCAUCCCCAGGUGCUGCUUUCCUGCUCACACGUAUUCCAUAGGGCAUGUCUUCAGGCUUUUGAAAAGUUCACAAAUAAAAAAACCUGUCCCCUCUGUAGAAAGAAUCAGUAUCAAACGAGAGUGAUACAUGAUGGGGCCCGCCUGUUCAGAGAAAAGUGUGCCACCAGAAUCCAAGCCUAUUGGCGAGGGCACAUCGUUAGAAAGUGGUACAGAGACCUGAGGAAAAUGGUCCCGCCUACAGAUGCCAAAUUAAGGAGAAAGUUCUUUGAGGAAAAGUUCACAGAAAUCAGCCACCGAAUCCUGUGCUCAUACAACACCAACAUAGAUGAACUCUUCUCAGAGAUUGACGUCUGCUUGGCGGUAAAUCGUAGUAUUCUUCAGCAGCUAGAUGAAAGAUGUGACCAGGAGAUCACUGAGGAGGCCUGGGAGAAAAUCCAAGCGCAGGCUGCUCACCAUGAGAUCUACGAGUGCUCCAUCUGCCUGACUCCACUCUCUUUCCAUGGUGAUGGCCGACAAGCAGCCGUCGGGACCAGCAGCCAGCGUCCUCGAGAGACCGUCCUCCUGUCCUGUGCACAUCUGUUCCACAAUGCCUGUCUCCUGGCCUUGGAGGAGUUUUCUUUAGGAGAUAAUGCCCCUUUCCAUGUCUGUCCUCUCUGUCGCUCCUACUACCAAAAGAAAAUUGUUGAAUGCUGA